AUUACCGAUACGGUACUCAUACUAGACUGUACUUUGCAAUUAAGCUCAGAAAAGGAUAUACAAAAUGAAUUUGUUACACACUAUGUAGGGACUAGUCAUUGGAGGUAGUCAUCAAAUUACAUAAACGAUGAUUUUGUUGAUUUGUAAGAUUGAACAAAAUAUUAUUCCUUACGUACGAAAGGAAAGUACCUAUUGUUAAUUUACUCUAAAAGAAACAAAAACUCUUUCAAGCAGACUACAAUCAGACAUAAACAAACAACGGGAACGGGCGGACUGGUACCGGUACUUGACUACUUCUGCUCUGUCCAUAAAUGUUUCAGGCUGAGGAUCUGCUGAAUCCGAAGUGAUGUUAAAGAAAGAGCUUGUGUAAAAGUAAAUGAGGAGCACACUUUCCAUUGAGAGAAGAAUCAAUUUUGAUUCCACGUCAAAAUCUAUGCGACUCCUCCCUUCUCUCCUCAACUAAAUCCUGUCAUCGCUAUUUUGAUACAUGUAUGUAGCUGAGGAAAUGGAAGAUGAAGGUGAAACAAAGGGACUCUUGGAUGGGAAUGAAAGCAAGAGCAGUCAUGGUAGUAUAUCAUCAAAUGGACACUCUAUACUUCACAGCAAUUCAGUGUACAAAGAGAUGGAAACAGCUGUAGAUGAUGAUAAUGAUGAUGAUCGCAGAUUUGAGACAUCGCAGAGAACAUCUUUCUCAUGGGAUAAGAUGCUUUUGGAUGACUUAGCAUACGAUGAUGGGGACACGUCAAAUAGUAAAUUUAAAAGGGUGUUAUCAAGAUGCAAGCCUUCCAAUCAAACAAAGCUUUAUCUGAGAUAUACAAAGAUUGCUGUUUUAUUUCUGUCCAUGUUUGUCUGCACGGUAUUCUUUACCUUGAAAGAUGAAGUACUGCCUCAACUUGAAAUAUUCUCUAUAUCACAUGAUCAUCCUUAUUCCUCUAAAAUAUCAGAUCUUGGCGGAAAUGUUAUAAUAAAAGUCAACUUUAAGGGUCCAAUUGUAGAAUUAGGCAACUCAACAGAGAAUAUCACAGUCCGACUGGUUGGCUAUAACAACUUUCAAGAGGUUUGUUAUGAGGUUUCAGAAGUCUAUAACGUCUAUCGGGAAUAUCCACUAUCAGAAAGUAUUUACUGGGAAGAAAUAGAGAAGAAAUACUCUAAUCUUAAAGAAAGAUGUGGUCAUAAUACCAGUUAUGAGCUGCGAUUUGAAAGCAACAUUGAUGAUUUGGUAACCAUGCAAACGGACCACACCCUCUUACCCUCAUCAUCAAAUGAAGAGGUGGUUUGGGCUGCCAUUAUCUUAGUUGCUGUAUAUGUCCUGAUUGGAUUUGAGUUAGUACAUAGGACCACAGCUGCCAUGAUAGGAUCCUUUGCUACACUAGCUGUGUUGACAAGCUACAACGCACGUCCACCUUUAGAGGUUGUGAUGUCAUGGUUAGAUUAUGAUGUUCUCGCUCUACUCUGGGGAAUGAUGACAAUAGUAGCCAUCUUUUCUGAGACUGGCUUCUUUGACUACUGUGCAUUGCUCUCCUACAAGUUGGCUAAGGGAAAGAUCUGGACGCUGGUUACCAUUCUUUGUCUCUUCUCUGGUAUUGUUUCUGCCUUCUUGGACAAUGUCACUACCAUUCUACUCAUGACCCCUGUCACUAUUAGCCUCUGUGAGGUACUCAACAUUGAUCCUAGGCAUGUGUUGAUAGCUGAAGUAAUCUUCUCAAACAUAGGAGGUACAGCUACAGCCAUCGGAGACCCUCCAAACGUCAUCAUUGUUGCCAACUCAGAGAUUGAAGCUGCAGAAAACAGAUAUCCUUAUGUAUUGGGUAUAGGGUUUUCAGUAUUUACACUUCAUCUGAGCUUGGGAAUAGUAUUCUGUAUGAUUGUAGGGUACGGAGCCCUGAGACUACUGUAUAGACGCAUCAAUCUGCAUUCCCUGGAACCACCUGCUAUAAGAGAAUUAAAACAUGAGAUUGAGGUAUGGCGCCAAGCAGCAGUCCGGAUAAUGGUAGCUUCAAAGGAGGAGAAUACUGUAAAAGCUUUACUUCUCCAGAAAGUCUCCCAACUUGAGACACAACUCAGAAACCAAAUUUAUGAACAAAGACAUAUAGCCAAUGAAGAUCUCAACUGGAAGGAAAAGCUGAUGGAAUUAGAACAAAGGUACCGCAUUACAGAUAGUGUUUUGUUGGCCAAAUGCAGCUUCAUAUUAAUAGUCACAAUACUCUUAUUCUUCAUCCACUCGGCAGUCGAUACUAUUUACCUAGAUCUAGGUUGGAUUGCUAUCAUUGGAGCUGUAGCACUUCUUCUGUUAGCAGAUGUGCAUGAUAUUGAGAAUGUCAUGCAUCGUGUGGAAUGGGCUACAUUACUCUUUUUUGCAGCUCUCUUUGUUCUCAUGGAGGGUUUAACAGAACUUGGCCUAAUUGAGUAUAUUGGAAACUUUGUGGCUGGUAUUAUUGAGGAUGUUCCUCCUAAUGCCAGAUUAGCUGUAGCUCUUAUUCUCAUACUCUGGGUAUCAGCCCUAGCGUCAUCUUUCAUUGAUAACAUACCAUUUACAACAGCAAUGAUCCCUAUUGUACUAGAUCUUGCUGAGCGUGAGGAGUUAGAGCUCCCUCUGCAGCCAUUGGUUUGGGCGUUGGCCUUUGGGGCGUGUCUUGGAGGCAAUGGAACACUCAUUGGUGCCUCAGCCAACGUGGUGUGUGCUGGCAUAGCUGAUCAACAUGGAUAUGGCUUUACUUUCUUUGACUUCUUCAAGGUUGGAUUUCCCAUGAUGCUUUGCACCACCUUUGUUGCAAUGAUCUACCUGUUGAUUUGCCACGUGGCAUUUGAGUGGCACUAGUCUUCCCUCAAAACCCAGCUGGAUUGUUCUUCAAAGUAAGCAUGUUCAGUGGAACCUGUGUGUUACCACAAUUCAAAUGAGAGACAAGGAAUGGUCUUUACUAGUAUAUGAUUGAGGUUUUUUAGAGUUUUAUUUCAAAACAUCUUGUACAGGAAAGAGGAAAAAUAUUUUUAAUCUUAUUUUGUAUAAGAGAUAAUUCGUUGCUUCUACUAGUUACACCCUAUGAUAAGGAACCAACUCUUCUUACAUCCUUCCAGAUGGACUUGGUAAUAAUUACACCGAUCCCACAAUGUCCCAACAAAUCAUUUUUUUUCUACUAGAAUAUAAUAUAUUGCAUCUCUUUUCUUGUGUGUUUGAUUGUAUAUUGUACUCAUCUUUUUCCUGUAUCUUGGAUGUUUUAGCAUUCAGACACUGUGGACAUUGUUCUGAAGUUGGAUUUAAUUAAAACUCUGGUCUAAUGUUGUAGGAUAGCCAAUGAAUGUUGAUGGAUAGCCAUAUUGUAACACAAAUCUCAGACAGUGUAGAUUCAAGUGAGUAGCACAUAGAGUUCCUCACCUUUGAAGCAUGGGAUGAGAAUACCUUAAAGAAAAGAAAUAAACUUUCAACAUUUUUGGUUUCUCAUGAUUUCACCACAAAACUCGGACCAUGGUCUAGGUUAAUCUGGACUUCAGACAUAGAGAUAUAUACUAAUAACGCUAGAGGGCGUACUUCGUCGAAUCGCUGUGAUUACGCGGAGACCGGCCGCCAUUGCUCGAUAGGUCUUCGCAGCCUGCCAUGCGCGUACAGUACCUAUGGGGCAUGUACAUUGAUGAGCAUAGAACUGGAACAAAACGAUGAAAUAUGAGCGCGAAAGCAAUUGGAAAAGCAAAAUUGUAAAUAUUGCACUGGAUUAAAGUUCAAAUUAACAAAAAAUCUAACAAAACUGGGGACAAAUAUACCUAUAUAUAGGCCUAUAGCGCAUAAUUAUUCUUCAACUAUAGGCUUACAGGCCAACGAUCAGUAGGCUAAUUAUUUUUGCUUUGGUCAUAACAUUUCGAUACAUUAAUAUGACUUCUAUUUUCUAAUGAUUUGGAAGGGAUUAAUUUUAAAAAUAACAUGUAUGCCUAGGCAUAUCAUUAUAGGUCCUGAUUAACAAAUUCAAUACGUUUUGAUAUAAUUUUGUAUUCAAUUUAUUGACGUCAGAAAUUAGGCCCUAGCUAUCACAGCUAGUGUCUUAUGCAUCUGAGACACUAAGGUAUAAAAAAAAACAAGACUGCUUUUUUUUCAAGUAUAGUUUCCUAAUUAGUAUAAUGCUGAUUGCUGAUAAAUUAUUUCUUCACUUGAUGAUUGUUAUAAUUCAUUUUCCAUAUAGAUCUACACAUAGAAAUCAUAAUAAAGAAAUUUAGAAUAGGGCCGAACUCCUUUCCCCCGUGGCCUUAAAACGUCGAUGUAAUCAACAUCACAAAAACUCGUGAACAUCAUAAAAUGACUUUUAUUGAUAAUAUUAAAAAAUGAUUUACGCAUUGGUCCAGUUAAUUGAUGAUUUAGAUUUCCAACGUAGGCAACCUUCGAUCAUAUUGAUUACUUUCUUACAUGCGAUCAAAAGUUUGUUGACAGCAAAAUUUGCAUAUCAAAUGCGCGUAUGCAGUCGUAUUUUGCAAUGUACAGGAGGCCUAAUUCGGGGGGGGGGGCGGUAGGAUGAUUACAGUAUAUUAUUGCCUUGCAAACAUUUCAAAAUUUCGGAGAGUAAACAAAUUACAAUGUGCAACAUAACUUGAAAAUUUCACUUUGAAUUUCUUGAAAGUCAGACUUGAUUCAACCCGGCUGAUAUACUAUGCUGAUAGGAAAACCGACUGAAAUAUUCUGUUGAUAAUUAUAUCGCUGGUGUUUGUGAUCCUAUAUUCCAAUGGACCAAUAUUAUAUGAACAAAUCAAGGACAGAAUAAUAAGGAAAGGAAGAAGAAGAAGGAUAGGAGAAGAAAAAGGGCGGGAGGAGGAUAUUAUAAUCUGUGUUAUACUACAAAGAAUAUUAUAAAACUGAGUGUAAAAACCCAAUUGAUAACAAUAUCAGACAUGAAAAAGAUAAUUGCAAACUUAAUAAACUUAUCAUAUUAAGCAGUUGCAAAAUUGUGAGUACUAAAACCAAACAUAUUAAACAGUAAUAUUGAAAAACACUGACAAAUACCUGGAAUAAGAUAUUACAAAUUGUCCGCUGUUGAGUGAUCAUCCUAAUUUUAUCUCAACUAUAUAUUCCUUUCUUGAAAUUGUGUCUGUGUCGCUUGAAUAUUAACUUUAUGGCAAAGAUUUCCAAAACACUGGCACCGGCCUAUAGCCCUAAUUAUUAACAGAUAAAUGCGCAUUUUGCAUAUUCAGUUUUGUUUGUCAUUUUAAAAGUAUCUACUGAAUUUGUUUUUCUAGUUUUCUUCUUUUUCAUUGGCUAGUCUAUGGACCUGCAGUUUGAUUAUUCAGUUUUGUUUUAUAACAAGAUUUCCCUGGAUGAACAAAAUUAUUAUAUUAUUUCAUAUGGGGCCGCGGAAUGGCUUUGAAAUUGAUGGGUAGUGCAUAAAAUCAAAAUCAUUUAUUAUGUAAUGUUCAUUUUCACUUCAGGGAGGGGUCCGGUCGCGCCCCCUGUAUUCUUUUUUUUUUAUCAGUGUGUUAAAGUGAGUUUGCAUGGGUGCUUUUGUCAUUUUAAUUACACCCACCCCCUAAAAAGCGAAUAAAAAAAGUGAAGGGAAUUAAAAAGCAAAAAGUUGGAACAGUAUAAAAAGUCAUUCUCGAUAUUUUUUAAUCAAUAUUUCAUUUUAAGUGCCAUAAUAGGCCUGCAGGUUUGGGAAUUUAUUAUUUUCCUAUGAGAAAAAUUCAACACGUACACCCAAUAACACAAGUUUUAACAUUGAUGGUGUAACGGGAGGCUCACCAAGAGCAAUAAUGAGAUGCCCUUUAUUCUACUUGCUAAUAAAAAUACAAUACCGCAUAUAUAGUAAUCAAAUAUCAAAACACUAGUGUACAAAUUAUUGUAUAUUAAAAAAUUAUAUAUUUCAUAAAAAUUAAAGCAAGUUACGGCCUACAUAGAUAUUACAAAAUCAUAUCCAACAUAAACAAAUUGGUCACGAGAACAUGGAAUCAAAGGACGUGAAUGGAGGAAAAGGACGAUGCAGUUAAAUCCUGAGAAGAUGGGCUAAUUCACUGUCUUUUUAAUUAAUUGUCUAUCUAUAUAUCUAUGUGUUAUUAUCAAUAUUGUUAUCUAUUAUUAUCUAUAAUAGGCCUAUAAAUGGACAGGUAAAUGCAAAUCAUUUAGGAGAAUUUCAUCCCGAGAAGUCAGGUAAAAAUGACAAAUUAAAAGCAUAAUCCCCAUGUAAUCAUUCUAAUAGUUCAUUGAGAUGCACUUUGUCAUUCAUAUUUUCGAUUAUAAUGAGGUUGGAUUCCUUUCUUCAAGAAAAAAGGCCGGAGACGGCAUCCCUUUUUCACAGCGUUACAACGUACGAGCUAUGGGUACAUCCGGGUACUUUUGCGAAUCUAGACCUAUCGAGCAAUGGCCGACCAUGCUCCGCGCAAUCACAGCCGUUAAGUACGCGCGCCUAUGGCGACUCCGCACUCUAGCGUAAUUAGUAUACAUCUCUAUGACUUCAGACUACAGACCUAUGGUGUCUCCAAAGCUGUAACACAAGAUUAUCUAGCUGAUUUUAAAAAAUAAGCUAAUUCAAUUUGGAAAACUCAGAUGUCAAGUUGUCGAAAUUCGCAUUUCAUGAUCAAUAGGAGAGGGUACACUCUAGACAUGUUUAUAUUAAAAAUUGCAUUUUCCUUAUCCUAUUUGACCAAAUCGGUUGUUGAAUCUGCCCAACCCCAUAUCGACUUCCUUCACUCUGAUUUAUCAUCAUUAUUCUUUUUAAACCAAUAAUUACAUUCCAAUCACAAGCAUAGCUUUCACAUGUUGAAAUCCUCCCAUGUAUAAAACACUUUAAAUUAUUAGUGGGAAAUUUGCUGGUGGGAGAAAACAAUUAGAGAGAUGCUUAAAAAAAAUUCAACGUCAGUUUUUAUCACUGCCAAGGCUGAGAUAGGGAGGCCAGAAUCCUACAAUUUUUCUUUUUCUCAUACAGAAAUAUAUCUGUUAUUGGUUUAUUUUCCUUUUUUUUUGUGUGUGGUGUUUUUUAUAUCAUGUAAUAUCUGCCAAAGAAUGAUUAUUGGUUUUUUUUAGAAAUAUGUCAUGUAUAUAUGAAUUUCUAGUUGUCAAUUAUUGAAAAUGUCUUUAAUUAGAAUUCAAUUAAAUAUUUGUAAAGUAGUUUUUGUGGCCUUGUAAUGGUGAAUGCAAUAUGAUAACUAAGGCU